CCCAGUCCUGCUCGCAACAGUGACGUCAGCGCGCAGCGGCGGUGCAGUGACGCUCGGCGAUUGGGUAAGCGAAGAGCUAAACUGUAUUAUACAGUAAAAAAGACAAGACGCCGAUAACAAAAACAGCUGCGGCCGCAUGAGGCCAACUAGGGAUACACUAGCACUUUUCGGGUUCACGCUAUAAAGAUUUCGGAUGUCACGAUGGCUGCACACUUCACAAUUUCCGACAGCGAGUCAGAGACAUCGGAGGAGGUAGAGGAAGGAAAAAAUAAGCAACCAUCAACUGUGCAAGAGCAGCCGCUUUCUCAACGCCACUUCCCCACACUACCAGAGCUCAGAAUUGCAGCGACCGGUCGAAUCAGGCUGAACUCUGAGUCCCACGCUUCCACUGUCUCCAGAGACGAGGAGCUCCAGGCUAAGGGGGAAGACGAGGCUGGUACGCCCACUGACGGAGCUCCAUUCAGGGGACGGUCCAAGUCAGCUCCCCCUGCUUUGUGGGCAGCCAAGAAAUAUGGCCGGCAGCUCCGAAGGAUGAGCGACGAGUUUGACAGCCUGCUAGACAAAGGGGAAAUGAGGAGGGUGAGGAGUGCUGGGACGACCAAACAGAUGCACCACUCUAAAAGCUGGUGGAGCUACCUCUUCAGUCACCAGGAGACAGAGGGAGAGACCAACCACCAUGACAACCACACACACCGCACUGAAUAGGGACUGAGAGAGGAAAUAAAGAGUGACACAAGGUUUGAGGAAUCACUGGGAAUGAGAAGAAGGCAAUGGGGAAGCCAAGAGAACAGCUGUGUUGAGAACAUGACCUGAUCUGAGAAGGGACGGAAGAAAGGUUGGUUUAAACAAAAAGAGAACGAUCCAAACACAAAGGCAUGGCUAAGUGGAUGGCUAGGUGUUCCAUCCUAGUCAUGUCAUUUUUAUACGCCAUUGGUAACAACAUUUCAAUUAUUUUUUGGUAUUUGUGUUGGUUGUGAUGUUAACAAUAUUGCUGGGCAGCCCACUGUGAAAUGGUAAAAGUCAGUCAGGCUUGAGAAUGGACUGUUGGCUAUCUGAACCCCAUAGAAUGGAUGAGAUGAUAGGCCAAGAGAGGAGAGAUGAUCUCUUAAAAACACAAAGAAGGAUAAGCAUAUAAGUUGAGCAAUGACCACUCAGUUAAAAGAUGCUUCAGUUGUCUCUCCCAUCAACACUAUGCAAUAUACUGUAGAGGGAGAGAUAAAUGCACUGAAAU